GCAGAGUAGGGGAAAUGAAACACGCCUAGGCCCGAGAAACAGAUAUAUGAGUUGUGCCCCCUUCAAUCAUUGGGGUUGAAUCCAUCAUCCAUCCAACAGCUAAUCAAUCGCCCAUAAAGACAUUUCACUUCCCUCCGUCACUCACACUCGCCACCACCGCCCUCCAUUUACAACUACACCACAUCUCAACCCAAACACCACCACAACAACCACCUUCAACAUGCUCUUCACCAAGGUCUCCAUCCUCGCCGUCGCCGGCCUCGUCGCCGCCAACGCCAACAUCAACGAGCGCGAUGCCCGCGUCAACGUCCGCGAGGCCCAGCCCAUGAUCACCGCCGUCCCCAUGGCGCGCAGCGAGCGCGACAUCAGCGACGUGGUCGACUCGGUUGAGAACAUCGUCAACGACGCGUCGACCUUCAUCGAGGGCGCAAAGUCCAAGGCCGAGAGCGCCUUCAACGACGCCUCCACCGCCAUCGAGGGCGCAAAGUCCCGCGCCGGCAGCUGGUACUCCGACGCCGCCUCGCACGUCUCCACCGCCAUCGACGGCGCCGAGACCUGGAUCUCCACCAAGGCCGGAGCCGCCGAGACCUGGGUCUCCACCAAGGCCGACGCCGCCUCCUCCGCCAUCCAGAGCGCUGCCGACGCCGCCUCCAGCGCUGCUGCCAGCGCCUCCAGUGCCGCCAACAACGACAACGCUGCUCCCAGCGCGCACGACUCCAAGGCCGGUAUCGUGGCCGUUGCCCUGGCUCUCGGUGCCACUGCCUUUGGCUUCAUGCUUGUCUAAGCACCUUCUCCAUGACACUUCUUAUUUCACGUAGUGCUGCCAGCGAAGUAGCACCUCGUCUUGUCUUUUUACUUGACCACACAUUUCACGGAGUUUUUGGGGCCUUAAAGGCUGGUCAGUCGUUAGCGCAUCCGCAGUGAAACUGCGAAGAGACACGGGCAUAGGGAAACGAUGCAUCGUGUUUUAUAUCCCCUAGAUAGACAGGCAGGCGGACCUGGGUUGUGAUACGUUCAUCAGAUACCAAACAAGCAUUUUUUUC